GCCCCCUCCCGGGGCCUCGCCUUAGGUCCCGCCCCGCCCCGGGACGGCGAGUGCGCCCGAGACGCUCCCAGACCUGGAUUCAGACCUUCGUUGCUCGCCCUGCGGCUUGUGUGCCUUUUCCGCCGGCGCAGACCUUCGCGAGAGCUGCUGGGUGCAGGCCUGGUGUAGUCUCUUCGCUGAUUGCAGUGAGAGAGCAAUGCAGAAGAACACUGGCCCAAUGGUGCCUUUACAUUAUUUUGGCUUUGGCUACGCAGCACUGGUUGCUACUGGUGGAAUCAUUGGCUAUGCAAAAGCAGGUAGUGUGCCGUCCCUGGCGGCCGGGCUCUUCUUUGGAAGUUUAGCAGGCCUGGGUGCUUACCAGCUGUCACAGGAUCCCAGGAACAUUUGGGUUUUCCUAGCUACUUCUGGGACCUUGGCUGGCAUCAUGGGAAUGAGAUUCUACCAUUCUGGAAAGUUUAUGCCUGCAGGUUUAAUUGCAGGGGCCAGUUUGCUGAUGGUUGCCAAACUUGGAAUAAGUAUGUUGAAUAGACCCCAGCCGUAGUGGUCCCAACCCAGCCUGGACUUGUGAAGAAUUAGAACUCUCCAGACUUCCACUGUUCUCAGUUUUUAAGGGAAAGAAGUGCAGCACAUUUACACACUCUGACAUUUUACUUCAAAAACCAAAACACCACCAAAUUCACUGGGGAAAAAGUUUGGCGUUACUGUCACAGCCCUUCCGAGGUGGCGAGGAUACCGCGCAGGAGCUUGUUGGCUCCCUUGUGUGGCUCAGGUCUGUGUCAGAUGAAAUCACAGGGUAAAGUGUUAGGCUUCACACUGGGGGUCCUGAAGCCCUACUCCCCACUCCAAGAACGGUGUGGAAAAGUGUUGCCAAGAGAUUCAGGUGUGCGUUCUUUUUCAUCUUAGUCCAGACCUACACUGAGAUUAUGUGAAAUGAAAUAUCAGUGGAAAUAAAUUUUACUAUAAAUAACA